AUGGCGCCCAAGAAGAAAUCAUCCUUCAGCGGCUUCGCUUCUGGCAGCGAGACCGAGACGGAUACAGAAACUCUUCCAGCCGUUGUAUCCAAGCCUUUGACUGGAAAGCAGCGAUUCGACGAGAUUCACGGCAAAGGCACCAAGCUCGGCAAACACCCUGUUCCUACCAACACUCGUAGAGAGCCCUCGACUACCAGACGCUCCACUCGCUCCGCCUCGAGACAGCCACAGCCCAUGGCGCCUGAAGAAGCUCCCUCAAUGCCCACCACUUCCCCCAACAACCAAGCGUCUGAUCAAAGACUCUCCCCGCCCGAACACAAAAUGGACCCCUUCCCUCCAAAGCCAGAACCCAUGACAGUCACCGACAAGCCUGCUGUUCGCAAUCGCUACGGCGAAAAGGUGCCCGCUCCUGUCGAUAUCAAGCAAAAGUUGCGUCAAGCCAUCAACUUCCUGUCUGAUGAAGGUGUCGAAAACCUCGAGGACUUUGAGGAAAAGCUGGGCAGAUUGAAGAAGUACCUGGAUGACAACUACCCCGGCAUGGACGGUGUCAUCGCAGACGGUGAGGACGACCCUGAGAUGCUCGGCCGCAGAGUUCGCUACAUGAUUCGGGUCCAUGAGCAGCGCAUCGAGGAGGGUGCUGAACAGUGGUUCACUCACGACCAGUUCCCAGACAGCACUUCCAUGUACAAACCCAUCAAGCCCAGAAAAGGCGAGCAGUGGCGUCUCCACCCGGAUGGCACUACAAUUGGCAGACCCGAGCACCCCAAGAAUCAAAUCCCUCCUAAACCUGCAAAGGUUUCUCCUGCUGCCGGUGCCGCUGCUGCUGUUACGGCUCCUCCCACUCCUGCUGCUGCUCCUGCUGCGGCCGCCCCUGUCCGUCCCACGCUACCUGAAUUGCCCCACCCAGAGGUCUGGCAUCGCAAGGAGGCUGCCCGCUUCCCUUACGGCGAGACUCCUCACAUGGAGCAAAUCCUGAGCAGACAGAUAACAGCUGAUCUUGCUCGUGGCAAGUCACAACAUCUUUCUCUCUACCCUGAACAACCCGUCACUCCCUAUGACCCCUGGAAACUGCCUGAAAUUCCCGACGAGGAAGUCUUGGACGCCGAUCAAAUAUUCCAUGUCCUUGAAAAGCAUGAGUCUCAAGGUACAAAGAGAAAGGCCAACCCCAGCAGAAGCAGGUCGCCUGCCAAGCGUACCAAGAAUGUCGACUGGCCUCUGCGUGAUUGA